UUAUUCCAUAAGACGUAUUCAGGCGACUUUUGGCAUUAUAUAGCUACCAAUUGCAUUUGCAUUCCGAAUCGUCACAUCGCUCGCUGGCGCAUCAAGACAGAGCUUGGCUUUUCCACUAUCUACUGUAAAAUCUUGUGGCGCCGAAACUGUGUGGCUUUCUCUAGGUGUGGCUCAUCUAGCUAGAUAGGUACCUCGCUAUGCGGAAAGUGGUAUUCGAAGUACAUGCCUUGGCAGCUUGCCCUAUGAUAUCAUUGGCUUUUGGCGCGGGUCCCGAGUGAGUUGUGGUAUGUAAUAAUAAAUUGUAUGAGCAGCCUGUCACACACGAUCGUCCAAGGUCGUAAGACAGGGCUUUUCUCCUGCGAAUCACCUUCUGAUUCGACACAGGGCAUGGAGAAGGGCUUGCUUUACUCUAGGUGCCUUGGAUAAUGCUCGCUACAAGACAGAUCGGACUCGGGUUCCGGUCCUUGCCCGGCUCGAGGGUUCAAGCUGCUUUGAACCUGAACCGCGGCCCCAGAUUACAGGCAAAAUGGGCACCGCCGAUACAUUUGACCCGGAGGGCUUGGAAUAGUACUAUAUCGCCCGAAGAUGAAAAGGAUGGUCAUAUAGAAACAGCCCCCAAUGAGUCCAUUCUCUGGGUUGAUAACAUAUUUCCACUCAGGCUGGCUGGACUGCGUCUGCCAUGGGGUAAUCCCGAAACUGACAUACCGGGACUCAUGAAGCGAUUUGAGAACUCUAGCCUGGGCAUCAUGGAUCCAGCAAGCAUAGUGAGGCGUGCGCUACCUAGCGAUGUUCCCUUGAAAGUCACUGAGAUUUUACCGAGAGUCAAGGACGGCGGUGCUUUUGUCAAGUUCGUCCACCCACCUGGAGUGACAGCGAGGGAAGUAGAAGGAAAAGUCGCCAAAUUGCUGGCUGAGAAGCCCAUUAAGCGAUUCUUCAGCCCCUUUCGUGGUGUACAGGCCGGAUUGGUGAAAGGCGUUCCAUGGCUGGAGGAUCUACAGAGAUAUCCAAAGGUUCGACUACGUAUUGAGUUUGUACCGAAGAAUCCUGGGGAGGAAGCAGUCGAGCUAUCUCAGGAGAGUCUGUAUAGCAUGUUCCGCCGAUACGGAUCUAUCUCUGAGAUCAUUUCCCAGCCUUGGGAUUCUAAGGUUCUCCCUAAGUACGCUUAUGUCGACUUCUUCUUUGUCAGAGACGCUAUUAUGGCACGGAAUUGCCUUCACGGAUUCAUCGUGCCAGAGGACCUAGGUGGAGGCAAACUCGGCACCAAAUUUCGCAUCUCCUACGAGCGACGAACAAAGCCUCAUCGGGUCUGGGAAUGGAUUACGAAUCAUCCACGGAUCGUUAUUCCCGUCAUCGUAGCUCUGCUCACGGGUCUGACCGUCGUUGUUUUCGACCCCAUCCGCUCGUUCUUCGUUAAAGCUCAUGUUUCGCGCAAAUACCGCCUGAGUAAUAACAGGGUAUACCGAUGGCUUCGGCAGCAGACAUCUGACAUCUUUGCCUUUAGGCGAGGGGGAGCUGAGCAGGCUGGCUUGAACGCAGUCUGGUCUCAUCGAAAGGACAUAAUCGAGCAGAUACAGGCAUGGUUGAUGGAGACAGCCGAGACCUUUAUUGUGAUCCAGGGCCCUCGUGGCUCAGGGAAAAGAGAGCUUGUUCUGGAGCAAGCUCUUAAAGACAGAGAAAAUAUUCUGGUGAUCGACUGCAAGGAGAUCAUCGAAGCCAGAGGCGAGUCAGCAAUCAUCAAGAAGAUGGCAUCGGAAGUUGGCUACCGACCCAUAUUUUCAUGGGCGAAUAGCAUGAGUAGCAUGGUUGAUCUUGCAAUUCAGAGCACCACUGGUGUGAAGGCAGGUUUCUCGGAAACGCUCGACUCACAGCUACAGAAAAUUCUACAAGCAUCAGCCGGUGCUCUACAAGCUCUCGACCUAGAAAGCCGAUCUAAGAACGACGCAGAUGCUUCACUUCCAGCAGACGCUUAUCUGGAAGCCCAUCCCGAGAAAAGAGCCGUGGUUGUCGUUGACAAUUUUGUAUACAAUAGCGAUGCCAACACUCUGAUCUACGAUAGGAUUGCUGAUUGGGCUGCAGCACUCGUGCAGUCUGACGUUGCUCAUGUCAUCUUCCUCACCAACGACUCGUCGUAUACUAAAGUGUUAUCUAAAUCCCUCCCAGAUCGUGUCUUCCGUCAUGUCGCACUAGGCGACCUCUCGCCAGACGUAGCCAGAAGAUUCAUUCUUGGCCAUGUCAGCGCAGACCAGAAGACAGACGAAUCAACUGAUGAUAAUUCUGCAGAAAAACAAAGCGUCGCAGUGGUUCCUGAUCUAGCAGAGUUAGACGCAUGUAUUGGCACACUUGGAGGGCGUCUCACUGAUCUCGAAUAUCUCGCUCGCCGCAUCAAAGCUGGCCAAUCGCCUAAACAAGCUGUCGCAGAAAUCACGGAACAAGCGUCUUCUGAGAUUUUGAAGAUGUUCCUUUUACCCGGCAAAGUAACCAGCGACGGCGAACACAAGUGGUCAAUGGAGCAAGCGUGGUACCUCGUAAACCAGCUCUCAAAGAAUGAUACGCUCCGAUACAACGAGGUGCUCCUCUCUGACACGUUCGCAUCCUCCCUCACAGCACCCAACGGCGAGUCCGCCCUCGAAGGCCUCUCCAACGCAGAGCUCAUCACAGUACGCUCCCACGCGGGCCGACCACGCAGUAUCGCGGUGGGUAAACCCGUGUAUCAAGCCGCAUUCCGACAACUCGCGGCCGACAAGGUAUUGUCAGCGAAGAUGGAACUGGCGAGAUUCAAGGAGCUCGUCAAGAUCGAGACGGGCAACAUCGACAAGGCGGAGAAAGAAUUGGUGAUGCUAGGCUCACUACCGAGUCAGCCUUGGGGCGCCCGUGAGCGCGUCCAGUAUCUCUUGAGCAAGAUAGACGGCGCGCAGAAGAAGAUCACGGGAUAUGAAGGCGAGAUGGGCAAGUUGAAGAAGGUCAUUUCUACCCAGUAUUAAAAACGCGGAUAUAUAAUCUUUAGCUAGAAGUAAGCAGUUGUAUCAUAGUGUAUCAUCUCGUGAGCGAGAUUGACGCCUGAACUUAUUGUCAUGCGAGCGAGGCAAGGCAAAGGACGGAGGAUGAAUAAUAUGGUACGGUAUGGCAUGCUUAGAUACCCAUCUCAUUUUCAUCCCAAUCAGCGCCUUUUAAAGACGGGAUUUCAAGAUAAACAUUGCCCACUUUUGAAAAUUACUUGACAAUGUUUCUAACGUGAGAUUAGCUGGAGUUCAUAGAGGCCGUUAAUAGCAAAUAUCUGGCAUGAUGAUAUAGG